AUGCUUCACCAUCAGCCCCAGAUCCUCUCUCCUCUUCCAGAGAUGAACUCGCAGUCCCCGGACCCUUCCAGCCUUCGUGCUCGCAAGAUGUCUGCUGGAGGCAACAGGUCUUGGUCUGAAGAAGAGACCCGCAUGCAGAAGAUGCCUUACAAGCACAUUGCUGCACAUCUCAAGAAGACUGAGCUUGCAUGCCGCCUGCACUUCCACCAGCUUUCCCACGGUAGCCACCGCCGCAAGCGCACCUCGUCUGUUUCUUCCGCCACCUCCUGCAGCUCCAACGGUACCUCUCCGGCCUAUGCCAUGGCUAUCGACCACGACGCGUACUCGCAGUCUUCCCGUCACAGCUCCCCGAUGAGCUACAACGGUAGCCCGCACAUUAGGGCCGGGUCCGUCACUGCUUCCCCUGGACGUGCUCAGCACAAGAUUCUCCUGCCCAAGCCGCGCACCCUCACCCCUCAGGGAUCUCCCGAACCCUUCAACGGCCUGCGCAUUAACACCGAGGUCGCUCAUCAGCCCAAGGUUGUCGACACUGACCGCCUCCGCUCCAUUUACGAGGCCCGCCGCAACCAAUUCUGGGCCACGGUCGCCGCCGACUACGGUGCUGAUGUCUCGCCAGCGCAACUCGAGGAGAUCUGGCGCAACGGCUCUGCUGGUGUUCGUCCUCCUACCCCCGACGCGUCCCCAGACGGCAGCAUCAUGCACAACCCCAUGCUCAAGCCUUCGCCUUUCCAGUAUGCGUCCCCUGCCCACAGCGAGCCGGCCAAGCACUACAGCCCCAUGAACCCAAUGGGCCAGCACUCUUUCUCGGCGUCGGAGCGCUUGCCAUAUAUGCUGCCAAUGCCCGUGCCGUCUACUGGCCGCCAAAGGUCCGGCACCUGGAGCUCGGCGCCGCGCGACAACAUGCCCAUCGCCAGCCUCCUCAACGAUGACAGAAAAUAG